AAUUCACGCCCGCCACCAGUCUCCGUUCAGAAGCAAGGACGCUUCCGUCUCCGCUUCACAGCACUGUUUCUCUCUCACCAGCUUCCUUUCUGUUUUAGUGAGAGAAAACACCAAUGCAAUCCCCAAUGGCAUUACCUAUCCUCGCUGCGGUUCUCUUCUUCAUCCUCCCCUCACCGUCGGCUGACGUACCGCCCUCACUGCCGCCGGAAAAAGCCGCCCUCCUACACAUCAAGUCUGCGAUGUCAGACUCCGCCGGAUCCCUAACCACGUGGGACGAUUCCACCCCUCACUGCUCAUGGAGUGGCGUCGCAUGCGAUAGCCUCGGCCGUGUCGUCUCCAUUAACCUCACCGGCAUGAAUUUAUCCGGCAUACUGUCCCCUGCCGUCGGCGAGAUGCCGGAACUUCUAAACCUGUCCAUUGCCGUCAACUCACUCUCCGGUCCCAUCCCGCCAGAGCUCUCCCGCGCCUCUAAUCUUCGAUACCUUAACCUCUCCAACAACAUCUUCAAUGGCAGUUUCCCUUCCGCCCUCUCGCAGCUCAGAAACCUGCGCGUCCUGGAUUUCUACAAUAAUAACCUCACCGGCGUCCUCCCGAUUGAGGUUAUCGAGCUUCGGAACCUUCGUCAUCUUCAUCUCGGGGGAAACUUCUUCUCCGGUGUCAUUCCACCGGAGUACGGGCAAUGGGAGUUACUAGAGUAUCUUGCAGUAUCUGGCAACGAGCUUAGUGGGCGAAUACCGAAGGAGAUUGGAAAUCUAACGCGUCUCCGGCAGCUGUAUGUCGGGUACUUCAAUAGCUACGAGGGUGAAAUCCCGCCAGAGAUUGGGAACCUCAGCGACCUCAUUCGGCUUGACAUGGCGAACUGUGGACUCAACGGUAAAAUCCCGCCUGAGAUCGGUAACCUCGAGAAACUUGAUACGAUUUUUCUCCAGGUGAACGUCCUCACGGGAGAACUUCCGUCGGAGCUCGGACGGCUCCGUAGCCUCAAAUCGAUGGACCUUUCCAACAAUGCCUUCACCGGUGAGAUCCCGGUGUCGUUUGCUGAGCUCAAGAACCUCACACUCUUAAAUCUCUUCCGCAACAAGCUCUAUGGCACCAUCCCUGACUUCAUCGGCGAUCUGCCGGAGCUCGAAGUGCUUCAGCUUUGGGAAAACAAUUUUACAGGCGUCAUUCCUCGGCGGCUUGGUAGAAAUGGCCAUCUCCAGCUCCUUGACCUUUCAUCAAACAAGCUCACCGGUGAUCUCCCGCCGGAUCUGUGUUUCAGGAACAAGCUAGAGACCCUAAUCGCUCUCGGAAAUUUUCUCUUCGGCCCAAUCCCGGAAUCCCUAGGCCGAUGCUUGUCUCUAAGCCGGAUCCGUAUGGGUGAAAACUACCUUAAUGGCUCCAUCCCUAAAGGACUUUUCAGCCUUCCCAAUCUCGCGCAAGUUGAGCUGCAGGACAAUCUCCUCGCCGGCGGAUUUCCCGACACCAGCAACUCCCGGAUCUCGUCCAAUCUUGGCCAGAUCACCCUCUCGAAUAACCGCCUUUCUGGUCCUCUCCCUUCGUCAAUCGGAAAUUUCUCCGCUGUUCAGAAGCUUCUAAUCAACCAAAACCUCUUCUCUGGUAACAUCCCGCCGGAGAUUGGCCGGCUGCAACAAUUAUCCAAACUAGACUUCAGUGGAAACCUUUUCUCUGGUCGUAUCACUCCGGAGAUCAGCAAGUGUAGUCUCCUCACUUUCAUAGACCUCAGCAGG